AGUGUCGUCGCUGUCCACGGGCUCAACGGACACCGUAUCGAAACGUGGACGCAGACUUCCGGAAUGGGCGAGUCUACACUAUGGCUCAAGGACUUGCUCCACACUAAGCUCCCUGGCGUCCGCGUUAUGACAUUUGGAUACGAUGCAACAGUUCUUGGCAACACCUCGGAGCAGAAGGUCCGCAACCAUGCGGGUAGCUUGCUGGCGGAGCUUAGAGAUCUUCGCGAGGGAGAUGAUGGCCCUAUUGGGUUCAAUGGGCGUCCUAUUGUCUUCGUAGCGCACAGCUUAGGGGGCAUUAUUGUCAAACAGGCCUUGACAAUCGCCAACAAGAAGAAGGCCUACAAGGAUAUCGCUGAGUCCACGAAGGGAAUUGUCUUCUUUGGAACCCCUCAUAAAGGUGCAGAUGCAGCGACAUGGGCUCGCCAUAUCUCCAAUAUUGCGCAGGCGAUUAUGCACCAACCGCCAGCGAACUUCCUCAGAACGCUGGAGAGGCACUCUCCCGAUCUACACAAGAUAUCGGAGGAUUUCCGACCUUAUACACCACAAUACGCCAUCACAAGCUUCUAUGAGCAACAUGCGAUGACGGGACUUGGAACGGUGGUUGUUGGAAAAAUGUCGGCAGUUCUCCACCUACCAAAUGAGGAGGCGACGAUGAUGGGCGGUGACCACCGCGAGAUGUGUAAGUUCGGAGGCAAUGACCCGCGUUUCAAUCAAGUCUGGAAGGCCAUUCGCCGCAGCUCCAGGGGGGUUUCUAAGGCCUGA